CAUAUCAGUUGUUUAUUAUUUACUAUUGUAAAAGCUUGUAUUUAAAGUAAAGAAAUUCAACUUUUGUGUUAAAUUAGUUAUAUUUAAACAGUUAUAAUAAAGUUCAUAUUACAUUUCUUAAUUUAUCUUAAAUUAACUUAAUCCUGACUAAGUCGCACGCAGUUCUAAUAAUUUUGUCACGUGCGGCGCGAACGCCAGAAAAACCCUAAGUUCUUAAAAUAAAACCGCACGGACUCGCAACAGCUGCCCUACUUAUGCGAAAAGGAAAGGCGAACCUUGGUGAAUCAGAAAAUAAAAGUCAUAAUUACGUCAAACAUGAAGACAGACAUCAAUGAUCCAUGGUGUGGAAUAGUUGUACCAGAUUGCAACGACAAUAAGUGCAACAAUCAUUUUGAAGACUCUUUUGUAGAAUAUCAGUCGAGAUGUACGAAGCUUGUUGAUUCCGAAGAAUAUUUACAGAAACUUUAUUCCAGACUUAGAAAUCUUGAAAAAGAGACAUCAAAGAAAGAUCUUGUAGCAUCUUUAGCAGAAGUGAAAGAAGAUUAUAUCACACGAUUGAUAACUUCUGGGCACAGACUUGAAAUAGAAGAGGAAACAGAACUAACUUUGAAUCCUUUAAUUAGACAUCUAGCACCACAUUUACAAGCAGUAACUGCUAGUGAAUUAGUUCACCUUUUAAAAGCAGAUGUUCUUCAAGUAGUUACAGAAACUGAAAAUAAUAAGGAAAUUAUAGAAAACUCAUUAAUGAAUAAGUAAAUUCAAAGAGUAAAGCAAUAACUUAUAUCUU